AUGUUCACAAAUGACACGGCUGAAAUCCGCAUGCAGGAAGUCGAAAUGGUGGGAGUGGAAGCCACAGCGCUUGUUGCACUUGUGGAUUUCUGCUAUUCCGGCAAGAUAAAGAUCAGAGACAUCGAUGUGCAGAGCAUUUUGACCGCGGCUUGCCUGCUCCAAAUGAAGGAAGUUCAGGCGCUUUGCUGUAAACUUCUUGAAGAGACUUUGAAACUGACAAAUUGCUUGAAAAUACGAGCAAUGGCCGAAGCUCACGCAUGUGGAGGGCUUCUUCGCCGCGCGAACAAAUAUAUCUUGCGUAACUUCCGGCAUAUUGUUGGCACUGAGAAGUUUCAUCAGCUUUCUGUUGAUGAGCUGAUUGAAUUCAUUUCGAGUGAUGAGCUGUACGUUCGUGCGGAAGAACAGGUUUUCGAUGCUGUGAUUCAAUGGAUUAGGUUCGAUCUGCCAGCAAGAAAGGAACUCCUGUCAAAGGUGAAGCUUAUAGCAUGUUGGCUCAUAAUUUUUGGAACCCUUUGCUUUCAUUGA